GGGGCAGGGCGCAAGAGGGGGCGAGGCCUGGCGCCUGCGCAGUGCUGUGGCCGGCAGCGCGAGCGUCCCUGGUGAAGGGCUAGUGUGGUGUGGUGUGUGUCAGCGUCUCGUUCGCUGCCUGCGGCACCAUGGCCAGCUACAGCGUGGAGGAGCGCGCCAACCCCAACAGCCUGGAGUACCGGCUCUUCUUCAAAAAUGAUAAAGGAGAAUACAUUUCACCAUUCCAUGAUAUUCCAAUAUAUCCGGUUGCUGGCAAGAAUGUGUUCAACAUGAUUGUGGAAGUACCUCGAUGGACAAAUGCAAAGAUGGAGAUUGCAACAAAGGAUCCUCUAAACCCAAUUAAACAAGAUGUGAAGAAAGGAAAGCUGCGUUAUGUUGCUAAUGUAUUUCCUCACAAGGGCUAUAUCUGGAAUUACGGUGCUAUCCCACAGACAUGGGAACAUCCAGGACAUAAAGAUGAAAAUACUGGCUACUAUGGAGAUAAUGAUCCAAUUGAUGUGUGUGAAAUUGGAAGCAAGGUGUGCUCAAGAGGAGAAGUAAUUAAAGUGAAAGUUCUGGGCACACUGGCACUGAUUGAUGAGGGGGAGACAGACUGGAAAGUAAUAGCAAUCAAUAUUGAAGACCCUGAAGCAGCCAACUAUAACAAUAUUGAUGAUGUCAGAAAGAUGAAACCUGGAUACCUAGAAGCUACAGUGGAUUGGUUUAGAAGGUACAAGGUACCGGAUGGGAAGCCAGAAAACCAGUUUGCAUUUAAUGGAGAAUUUAAAGACCGGGACUUUGCAAUUAACAUCAUCAAAAGCACUCAUGAACACUGGACAGCUCUAGUAUUUAAAAAAACAGAUGGAGGAGAAAUCAAUUGUGCAAAUACAACUGUGUCAGACAGCUCCUUUUGUAUUAGUCAAGAAUCUGCUAAAGCUACUGUGGAAGCAGUACCACCUUGUGGAACUGCCAAUACAAUACCACCUGAAGUGGACAAGUGGUUCUAUGACCAGAAAAAUUAAGACCUAAAGGUUGAAAUGCCUACAUUUCUCCUACCAGGAAGCCCUAAGUGGGGGGUGGGGAGGAACGAGAAAUACUAGCUUACAGUUCCACAGGAAAAAAUGGUCUUAUCAUAGGUAACUUAUUAUAACAGAAUUGCAUAUCUACCAAUGAUGUCAUGUUCAAGAUGUACCAAAGACAUGUGGAGACUAAAAGCAAUCAUUUUGUAAAAGAGCAGCUUCACGUGUCUUAAUAUGUAUCUUUAUACAUCACGACAGUAGUUGUUCAACUCAAUUGUGUACAGAAUACUUGAUGGGUGUUCACUGUAUGUUAGUACGAAAUAAAAAUUAUUUUGCUGAAA